CCACAAAACAUCCACCCCGCCAAACACCUACAUAAAAAAAUUAUUAAAAAAAUUGAAGAAAUGAAAAGAAAAAAAAAAUGAUUUUUUGGAAAGACUGCUGGGGUUAAAUCGCGGACCUUGAACCAAUCAACCUAUCAGGUAUCGCGUAAACUGUGUGCCCAGUUGAUCUUGGAAGAAAAAAAAACCCGUGGAUUUUUGCCUUUGACGUCCGUCCCUCCUUACCUCUACUUUUUUUUCUACACCCUACACCCCCUCCUCUUGGAUCUUCUUCAUUCUUCUCAAAAACCCUCCCCCUCCUUCUACAAAUCAAGUCCACCAACUUUCAAAAAGUUUGGUCUUGGACAAUUAACUAAGCCAUCUGCGCAUCUUCCUUUCUCUUCAUUUUCCACACCACAUCUUUCACUUCGGUCAAUCCUUCAACAUGGCGGACGAGUUCGAGAUCGACAACCAGGGCGAUGCCGGUGCGUCCCAGACCUUCCCUAUGCAAUGCUCGGCCCUCCGAAAGAACGGUGCCGUUGUCAUCAAGGGCCGACCCUGCAAGAUUGUGGACAUGUCUACCUCCAAGACUGGCAAGCACGGUCACGCCAAGGUCCAUCUUGUUGGUAUCGACAUCUUCACUGGAAAGAAGCUCGAAGAACUGUGCCCUUCCACCCACAACAUGGAGGUUCCUGUUGUCAAGACCAAGCAGUACAACUUCUCCCACAUUGAGGAUGGCUUCAUUGUCCUCCACGAUAUAAACACCAGCGAGGAGCGAAGUGACAUCAAGCUACCUGAGGGCGACAUUGGUAACAAGAUUGAGUCCGCUGACGAGAAUGGAACCGCUCUUAUCAUUACGAUUCAGUCGGCUAUGGGCGAGGAGGCUGCUAUCAAGGCCGAUGAGCCCAGCCAGAAGGACUAAGUCUCCUGAUAGGAGACUUGGGGCCCAAAUGGAGGAUGUCAGUGGAUCGAACUGCGCCAUCAAGCCUCUACCAACUUGGACAUCACCCAGAGGGGAGAUUAUCUGAACUAGGAAACUACUAGUUAGGUUCGUACCGGACGCUUAUCCAUGGCUUAUUGUCAUGGGGUUUCUGUAUGGAUGUGUUAUCCACGGUGGGGGAUCGAGCAGUUACUACGGCAAUCCUACGGAUAUCGCAUCUACCCCCAUCCCUUUCGAUGAACAAAACGAUGUGUGUCUGUGGGGAUUUCGUGAAUCAAGACAGACUUUCUGUUUUAUUGGCACUUGACUUGUCUUGUGUGGAAUCUAUGAAGUUCUCUAUUUAUAUUACGCAACAUGAUAUGUGACAUGGUAUUCUUGGUCAUUGUUCCAAGUUAUAUGUGAUUUGAUGAUGCAAUACACAGAACUUGACAGAAGAACUAUUUUUGAUAGAAUGGCAUAAAGCACUGUUUCGUGAUGACAGCUUGUGGUCAAAUUUUAAUCACAGACAUGAUUUUGACUUCCCUUACUUUGAUAUGAGUAAAUACUAUAUGCUAGUGAAUCUUGUUAGAAGGUUGAAUACCUAGGGUAUCCUAGGUAUAGAGGAAACCUUAGAAAUCAAGACGUUAUUGUCCAAGUAAUCUAUUCCUCCUAAGGUUAAUUUUAAUGGAUGUUUGCCCGAUUUAACA